CUGCGUCCAUUCAUCCACUCACUGCCGUAAUGAAUGCAAGAGAGAAGGGAAGCUGCAGGAAGUCCACUUUCCAGUUCUGAGUGGCCCACUGGACCCUUCGCCAUCAUGGGGAGAAAGAUCAAGACUGUUUACAUACUUCCUCUCCUCCUUUUUACUGUGUCUGGAUUGAAGAUACGAAACAAGCUGCUGGGAACAUGCUUGCAGGUGCAAGAUGGAAGCCCAGGGGGGAGAGUGUCCCUUGGAGAAUGCGACCCGCAUUCGGCCUUACAAGAAUGGCUGUGGCUGCCUGGCGGCCAGGCUCUUAGCAACAGUUUCAGUGGGGAGUGUCUGACUGCACCAGAGGAGCAGUUUGAGGGUGUGCGCAUGCAGCCCUGCGACGCCCAAAUCCAAAGUGAAGAAGCUGGUGCAGAGUUGGGCGAUGACGCAGGCAGCCAGAAAUGGUCUUGUUCCAAGAAAGGCCACCUGACUUCGCUGGGGAAGGGUCUGCACUUGAGUGCCGCACAAGAAUCUACUUUACUGUUCUUAUCGAGGGAACAUAAACAGCAGGGAAGCCGUUGGCGGACAUUGGACAACCAAACGCUGUGUGACGGCAGAGACGGCAAACAUCAUCAUCACCACCACCACCAACAUCAACACUUUCUGGAAAGGUCAAUGGAACAUGUUCUCUUACCAAUCACUGAAAUAGAUGGACAAGCAGCUGCUGUUACUACAUUUGCUGGUGGCGUCACAGAAGGACUUCCAGUAAGAGACGUGUCCGAUGUUGUAUCACCGAGCACCAAAUCCCCUGCAGACCCCACCAUGAUCUUCUUCAGCAUGGACUAUGGCAUGGGCUGGAAAAUAACCAUGUUGGUUUUAAGCUCCUUGGCCCUCGUCCUGGGAACGGUGAUCCUUAUUCUCAAUGUUUAUUCCAAUAGACGGAAAAAGGUGGUGUGCGUUCUGAAGUCGUACACUCCGAGGCCAGAGGCCGGUGUUCCGGGGUCCCCGGUGCCCAGUGAGAGGGCCCCACUGACCGAGCACGCCAUGCGCCUCCCGCUCUCCACCCCUACUCUGCAGCGAGGAGAGAUCCUGAUUGAGUGGAAGGAUGGCAGCGUGACGCCACUCUAUGAGGCCUGAAGGUUGUGCGGUCAAUGUGAUGAUACGCAACUCAAAGCAAAAUUGACAUUUUAACAUUUUAAUUAGCAGUAGAACCACGAUUUACACACCUAAUUGGUUCUUAAACAGAGUUUCUUUAUCAAAACGUUUGUAUAGUGAAGCAAAUAUUCAUCCAUCCAUCCAUUUUCUACCACUUAUUCCCUUUGGGGUCCCGGGGGGCGCUGGUGCCUAUCUCAACUACAAUCGGGUGGAAGGCGGUGUACACCCUGGACAAGUCGCCACUUUGUCGCAGGAAGCAAAUAUCUCCAUAAAAAAAUAUGUAAAUAUGAAUAGUUGAUUCCAGCAUUGACAAAAGUCCAUAUUUCAGUAAAAAAAAUUGUAGAUUAAACACAUUAAAAAGUGCUAUACAGUACUGUAUACCAAACAAACAUAAUAAAGGGGUGAUGGAUCAACCUUCUAUUUAAUACAAAGCCAAAACAACAACAACAAGCUGAACUGUUGACACACACACACACACACACACACACACACACACACACGCACACACACACACAUUGUGAGACUAGUCAUGUGGUGCUCUCACAGUUUGGAAUCACAAAACCCCUUAACUUUACCAGCCAGGUCGCUAUAAUGAUUAGUAAUUUAAAAAAAAAUACAAAUAAAAAACGUGUCACUUAAAUUUGUUGGUAGAGGAAGGAGUGGGUUAGGGUGAGUGGAAGUGUCGACAACGCUGUGGAUUUACCCCCAAUGAUUAGGAAUUUAAAAAAAUACAUAUGAAAAAUGUGUCACUUAAAGGCCUACUGAAAUGAGAUUUUCUUAUUUAAACGGGGAUAGCAGGUCCAUUCUAUUUGUCAUACUUGAUCAUUUCGCGAUAUUACCAUAUUUUUGCUGAAAGGAUUUAGUAGAGAACAUCGGCGAUAAAGUUUGCAACUUUUGGUGCUGAUAAAAAAGCCUUGCCUUUACCGGAAGUCGCAGACGAUGAUGUCACAAGGGUGUGGGCUCCUCAUAUCCUCACAUUGUCUAUAAUGGGAGCCUCCAGCAGCAAGAGCUAUUCGGACCAAGAAAACGACAAUUUCCCCAUGAAUUUGAGCGAGGAUGAAAGAUUUGUGGAUGAUGAUAGUGAUAGCGAAGGACUAGAAAAAAAUAAAUAAAGUUAAAAAAAAAAAAAGGCGAUAGCAUUGGGACGGAUUCAGAUUUUUUUAGACACAUUUACUAGGAUAAUUCUGGGAAAUCCCUUAUCUUUCUAUUGUGUUGCUAGUGUUUUAGUGAGAUUAAAUAGUACCAAAUAGUCAGAGGGGUGUGUCCACGGGUGUCUUGAGGCCAGUGUCUGAUGGAAGUCACGGCAGAUACAAGGACGGCGCAAACUCCACAGAACUCUGGUAAGAGCCGACUUUGUAACACAAUUUUCUCACCGAAAACUGCCGGUUGACAAAUGGUCGAGAACCAUGUUCGCUUGACCGCUCUGAUCCAUAGUAAAGCUUCACCCCCGGGAAUUUUAAAGAAGGAAUCACCGUGUUUUUGUGUGGCUAAAGGCUAAAGCUUCCCAACUCCAUCUUUCUACUUUGACUUCUCCAUUAUUAAUUGAACAAAUUGCAAAAGAUUCAGCAACACAGAUGUCCAGAAUACUGUUUAAUUGCGCGAUGAAAAGAGAGGACUUUUGGCCGCAAAUGGUGCUGCGCUAAUAUUUCCUAACAGUCCGUGAUGUCACGCGCACGCGUCAUCAUUCCACGACGUUUUCAAGAAGAAACUCCUCGGGAAAUUUUAAAUUGCAAUUUAGUAAACUAAAAAUGCCGUAUUGGCAUGUGUUGCAAUGUUAAUAUUUCAUCAUUGGUAUAUAAACUGUGGGUUUCAGUAGGCCUUUAAAUUUGUUGGUAGAGGAAGGAGGGGGUUAGGGUGAGUGGGCAGUGUUGACAACGCUGCGGAUUUCCCCCAAAGGUUUCAAACCACACAUUGAUUGUCAAUUGCCUUUUUUGGACUGAAAUUCGGAAAAUGCUAAAAAAAAAAAAAAAACACAAAAAAACACUUAAAAAUUACAUAAAGUACCACUUAAAACUGUAACUGACUGAAUUAGCACAGAAAAUGUAUCAGCCCACCCACAUAGGAUGUGCUGCCGGCCACAAAAUGGGUGACUGAGAUAGCCGCACACUGAUGGAAAGUUUGUACAACAAAGUAUAUUUUUACUUGGUCUACGGUCUGUUUGUCUGAAAGUUUGUAAACCGAGGUUCUACUUUCUCUGUCGGGCAGUUGCAGAUGCUAACACGUGUGCCCUCCCUCACCCCUUCAUGGCACCUUGUGUGUGAUGGACGACUUCUGCUACGUUGCUAAAGAGCAGAGUCCCAGUGUUUAUGUGAAAAAUAAAGAUGCACUUCUUGGAACCACACACUGUCGGAGAAACAGCUCAUUAGCAUUAAAGGCCUACUGAAAUUAUAUUUUCUUAUUUAAACGGGGAUAGCAGGUCCGUUCUAUGUGUCGUACUUGAUCAUUACGCGAUAUUGCCAUAUUUUUGCUGAAAGGACUUAGUAGAGAACAUCGACGAUAAAGUUUGCAACUUUUGGUCGCUAAUAGAAAAGCCCUGCCUGUACCGGAAGUAUGUGCGCGGGACGUCGCUGGUUGCAGGGCUCUACACAUAUUCCCAUUGUUUUUACCGCUGCUGCAGGACGACGAAUAAUCCAAUGAUUUCUCCGGUAAGAUAUAUAUCACAAUUUACCCAUCCAAAAACAUGCUGGUUGACGUCGAGAAAACAUGUUCACUUGACCGCUCCGCUUCACAACAAACAAACAAACAUCGGCUGUGUCUCGGUGCUAAAGACAGUUGCAAUACACCGCUUUCCACCAACAUUAUUGUUCUUUGUAGUCUCCAUUAUUAAAUAAACAAAUUGCAAAAGAUUCAUCAACACAGACGUCCAAAGUACUGUGUAAUCAUGCGAUUAAAGCAGACGACUUUUAGACGGGAGUGGUGCAGCUGCUAAUAUUUCCUGACAGUCAGUGACGUCACUCGUACACGUCAUCAUUCCGCAACGUUUUCAACAAGAAACUCGGCGAGAAAUUUAAAAUUGCAAUUUAUUAAACUAAAAAGGCCGUAUUGGCAUGUGUUGCAAUGUUAAUAUUUCAUCAUUGAUGUAUAAACUAUCAGACUGCGUGGUCGGUAGUAGUGGGUUUCAGUAGGCCUUUAAAGGCUACAGACACACCAGUUGGUCUUACUAAAAAAAGUAAAAAUUCCAACACAUUUCCUGUGAGACUUUUAACUGGUGAAAAAUAGUAUAAUAUGGGGUCUUAACAAAAUUAAUGGAAAAAUGGAAAAAGGAUAAUAAGUCUAGUUGUACUAAACCUAAUCUAUUAAUGGUUUGUUUACUGGUGCCUUAUUAAAGUUGUGUUUUUGUUUUUUUUCUUGGAAGAAUUUUGUUUUGUAGUCUUUCUUACCAUAAUUGCCAGUUGCUUUUAAGGUUGGAAAUUUCUGAUGUAUUUAUCUUAAUGACAACCAUGUAAUAAGGAAAUUAUUGUUCAGCUUCUCACUUUUAACCCUGGAUAAGAUAGAGUUCAGUGUUGUUCUCCAUGUAGUGCACUUUCUUGCAUUCAACAGCAUGUACAGUUUGUUUUUACUCUGAAUGUUGUUUUAUACUGACCACGACUUCCAAGGUAUGUUAAAGAUAGGUAGGUUGUAAGUUUAACUCUAACUAACUUGUUGAGGUAAUGCAUUUUUUUCAUUAUUUUUUUUCAAAAUAAACAUGUCGCAAGUUCAAUGUAAUAAAACUUGAUGUUUACCACUG